GGCACCGGCCCAUAGCGGGCAGUGCCGGGGGCACCGGGCGGUACCGGGGGGCACCGGCCCGUAGCGGGCAGUGCCGGGGGCACCGGGCGGUACCGGGCUGUGCCGGGGCUCCCGCCGCCCUCGCAGCCCUUUGCCCCCCCAGGAUGGCGGCGUGGGCGCUGCUGGCGCUGCUGGCUCUGGCUCCGGCGGCGGCAGGGGGAAUGCUCAGCUUUGCCUCCUACUAUGGUGACCACAUGGUGCUGCAGCAGAAGCCCUCGGGGGCUGUGGUGUGGGGCCACGGGGAGCUGGGGGCCGUGGUCACCCUGACUCUCUCAGGUGCCAGCGGCCUCGUCAUGGAGAAAACAGCACCGGUCAAAGGACCUUCUGGGACUUGGACAGCUGUCCUGGACCCAAUGGAUCGGGGCGGUCCCUAUGCACUGACAGCCGAGCAGGGCGUGGAGAACGUGACACUGCGGGACAUCUACUUUGGAGAUGUGUGGCUUUGCAGCGGGCAGAGCAACAUGGCAAUGACAGUCCUGCAGGUGGCCAAUGCCAGCCAGGAGCUCGCUGCUGCUGCUCACUAUCCCUACGUCCGUAUCUUUGCUGCGGCGCCCGCCCGCUCCAGCGUGGAGCUGGAGGACCUGGAGCAGGUUGAUUUGCCAUGGUCCAUUCCAACAGCUGAAAACCUGGGCCAUGGGAAUUUCACCUACUUCUCGGCCGUGUGCUGGCUGCUGGGGCGCUCCCUGUAUGAGGCUCUGGGGUCCCCCAUCGGGCUGGUGGAGGUGGCCUGGGGAGGGACCCCCAUCGAGGCCUGGUCCUCCCGCCGGGUUCUGCAGGCAUGUGGGCUCCCAGAGGACACGGGGAGCACCUCCCCACAUCAGCAUCUCUCUGGCCCACAAACGCCCUCCGUGCUCUGGAACGCCAUGAUCCACCCGCUGCUCAGCAUGACCCUACGGGGUGUCGCUUGGUACCAGGGUGAGGCCAAUACCUUGCUGAACACAGACCAGUACAACUGCACCUUCCCUGCACUCAUUGCCGACUGGCGCUGGGCAUUCCACACCGGAUCAGCCGGACAGACGGAGCCACUUCUCCCCUUUGGCUUUGUGCAGCUCUCCACCUACCGCCAUCAGAGUGCAGACGACAGCUUCGCCCGGCUCCGCUGGCACCAAACAGCCAACCUGGGGGUGGUUCCCAACGCCAGGAUGCCCAGAACGUUCAUGGCUGUAGCCAUGGAUCUGGGCGAUGAGCACUCGCCCUAUGGCAGUAUCCACCCUCGGGACAAGCAGAAUGUGGCUCACCGACUGCUGCUGGGUGCCAUGGCUGUGGCCUAUGGGGACAAGGGCCUCGUGUUCCAGGGACCAUAUCCCACCCGGGCUGUCCUGGAGGUGACCACUGGGCUGCUGAAUGUCACCUACAGCCAGAAGCUCAUCUACCGUCAGAGGGAUGCGCAGGCGUUUGAGGUGUGCUGUUCCAGCCAGGCGUCCCCGUGCCAGUGGCUGCUGGCACCAGUGGUGGCAGUGGGGUCCCGCACGGUGACGCUGGCCCUGGGUGGCUGCAGCACACUGCUGCUGGGCCUGCGCUAUGCCUGGGCUGAGUGGCCCUGUGAGUACCAGGCCUGCCCCCUCUACAACUCCCAGGGGCUGCCUGCACCCCCCUUCCUGCUGGACACCCUCCCUGCAGGGAACACUGACGGAGGGAGGGAGCUGCUGCUCCUCCCCAGCUCCAGGUACCCCCUAAAUUAGGGAGAUGAGGGAGCUCAGACCUCUGGCAAAACACUCAUGGCUCCUGGCACUGUCCCUUCCCAAGCCAGGGAAUCAGAGACUUCAUUACUACCUUAUUAAUUAAACAAGUUUUCAGCUCCUCUGAGGACUCAAGCCAAGGCUACAGGGUGGGGGGAAGGGGGAAAGCCAAUUUGCAAUUAAAUAUAUGAAAAAUUAUGUAAGGAGAAGCAGCAGGACACAACAAUGAGAGCUGAACCCCUCACUGCUGCUCCCUUGCCUAUGGAGCUGGUCCUGGCCCCCCAGACACCCCAUUUCUCCAGGCACAGACCACUCAUCCCCAGGGUAGGAUGCUCACAGGAUCCAGGAAUCAGCUUCCAGCUGCAGGGUGGAGAGGGGGAGAGAGGAGCUCUGCCAAAAAACCACAUCCAAAUACUAAGGCUGGGCUAGGACAGGGAGCUGUGGAGGGUUCCCUCUCUUAAUAAAAGUUAAUAAACCAA